AUGGAAGAAGAGGAAGUAGUCGAGGAGGAUAUGGCCGUGGUGGAUAUGGUCGAGGUGGUUUUGGUCGUGGUAACUACAAUGGAGAUAGCUCUGGCAGAGGCAGGGGAUGAGGAAGGUUCAAUGGCCAGGGUCGUGGAGGAGACAAUCCAGAUCAAAUGUGAUAAACCGGGUCACUACGCAUCUUCAUGUCCUGCGAAAGAAGUUGCACAUCAAGAGACAAAUCUAAAUGAAACUCAUGAAGCUGAUGCACUUUACGUUCAUGAGGUGGUGUUCUUGAAUGAGGAUAAGGUGUUUCCCAAGGAUUAUGAUACCAACAAUGAAAGUGUAUGGUAUCUUGACAACGGUGCUAGUAACCACAUGACGGGAAACAAAGAAUUCUUCUCUAGUUUAGAUAUGAAUAUCACAGUGAAGGUUAAGUUUGGUGAUGGUUCAUUUGUCAACAUAAUUGGAAAGGGAUCAAUCGUUUUUGUGGGAAAAACGGGUGAGAGGCGAUCACUCAAGGAGAUUUACUACAUUCCCAACCUGAAGCACAACAUUAUCAGUCUAGGACAAGCGACUGAGUUUGGAUAUGAAGUGAACAUGAAGGGAGACAUGUUAACUUUAAGUGAUCCAGUUGGACGGUUGUUAGUACAAGUCAAGAGAUCAUCAAACCGUCUCUACAAGACGCNAGGACAACUGGAUUUGGAGACAUAG